GGAAAUGAUCUCAGCCCAUCUAGCAAGGUCUUGUUCAUUUUCUUCUUCGGCGACAGCCGGGUCGACAAGGUCUACGUGUAGGGCAGUAGUCAGCAGGUGUGUGCCGAGACUGUUUGUGCAGGGUAGUUCCUUUAUAGUUUAAAUUUGGCCAGGGAAACUUACCGGUACCUGAUUCGUUCGUAAUUAAUUUUCUUCCUCAUCAUCCAGGAGAGACAGCAUGUUGACUCGGCUGCUUCUUUUCUUCACCGUUUGUACGGCUUUGUUGCCGCAAGCUUUCAGCAGUUCUGCUGGUGUAGGUGUUGACACUGUGGACCUGGCAACUAGCAACCCCAAAGCUGUCCAUCGCUAUGUGGUCGAGUCCAAUGGAUCUGCGUGUAUUAUAUUUCAGGCCGCUUUAGCUGUGAUUGCUCAAAGAGUGAACUUUCCGAAGGUGCCCAUGAACAUCACUAAGAUCACUGUAAACGGUUCAUGUUCCAAGACCAGCAGUGUCAUCCACUUCACUAUUCAUACCGACGAUGACGAUGAAGACCCGUCCUUUUCAGAUGCACUAUUUAGUCUAUCUCUAUCCUUCUCACUGGAUGACCAGGAGAAGUCGUGGGCCAUGACUCAAGCGGUUUUCCCAUUACCAGGCGGUCCCCCUCUGGAUUUUGACAUCUUCGGAGUCUCUGCUCCAGUUGGCCAGUCAUUUGCGUGCACAGUCUACGGGGUCAACUUGAAGGUUCCUGCAUUCGGGACUUUGUUCUUUUCCUUCAGUGACUUGCGUAUCCAAGCGUUGGGCAUAGAAAAUAGCACUUUGUCGCCAGAAGUGACGCAGUGCAGCAGUGAUCCUGCCCCUUCCCCAGUACAGCGCUACUCGGUGCGUUCUAAUAGCGGCGCUGAUUGCAUCAUCAUGCAAGCCGAUAUUCGGCUCACAAGGCACUCUACGGGAAGCUCCAUGUUCGUCGCCAACACAACGGGUGUAUGUGGCGCUACGCAAGCCAACAUGAUAUUGACGCUUGUAGAGCCUGCGUUGAAAGAGGUGUUCGGUCUUAACUUAUACUUCGAUUUGAAGGAUGAGGACUCUUGGUACCUUUCCAGAGUAUCGUUUUUGCUUUUCAAUUAUACCGGUGGUGAUGGUAGUACAGAAUAUGAAACUAACGCAACAUUUACCCCAGAAGUCUCCGCGCCACUGGGUCAGUCCUACUCGUGUGACAAUGUUCAAGUCAUGGUCGAUACCCCUUCCGGUUUACUGGAAUUUGACCUUGGCCACAUCCGUACCCAAGCUCUGGAUAUUACGAAGAACAGACUCUCUUCUGAAGUUCUGAAGUGCGGUGAUAAACCGCGUCAUCGAGUACCGCGCUACGCGGUGCGCUCUGAAAACGGAUCCGAUUGCAUCAUCCUGGAAGCGGAUAUGAAACUUCAAGCCAACUCUCACGUGAAUGUUCCUUGGGCGCAUCCUGGAAAAAACUUGCGUGCCACUGAGGUAGUGGGUGAGUGUAGCACUACACAAGCCAACAUACUAUUGACGUUUGCAGAGGAUUUCGCACUCAACUUCUUCUUUGAGUUGAAGGGCGAUGACUCUUGGUUCAUUGCCAGCGUCAUAUCUAUAGAAUCCAAUGCUACUAAUGGUACGAAUAGUACCAUUAUCGAUGCCAACAGUACGAUAUAUGAUGGAUCACUCAGCCCAGAGGUCUUCGCACCACUUGGUCACUCAUACUCUUGUGAUGACGUUGAGUUGAGAGUGAACAGCAUCUUUGGUUUGUUGGUCAUUGACCUCACUAACUUCCGUGCCCAAGCUCUAGAUAUUACCAACAACAGCUUCUCUUCCAAAGUCAAGCCUUGCCAUAAGAAGCCUCUGCCCAUUGUGACCAUUGCUGUCGGCGUUGGCAUUGCUCUGCUUCUGCUCGGCGUGCUCAUUGGUUACCUAGUUGUACGCGCUAGGUCUCAUCGCGCUGGAUACAUGGCUCUCUAGACACGAUGAUGUCAUCAGGUGGCUGUCUGCACAGGAUGAUGUCAUCACGAUGAUGAAUACGACCUACGUGUAUACCGGUCCAGUAUGCCAGCUGUCACAUCCAGCAUGCCUGUCGUCAAUCCAGUCUCCAUCGUCGUAGAGCAUGUCUUCUUUACACCGCGUGCAGCCCAGCAGCAAAGGCAGUGAAGUGAAACACCUUAGACGGUUCUGGCUGCGCCUUUUUUAUUUUUAUUUUUUUGUUUUCUUGAAAGGAUUCGAAUAUAUACAUUAAAUGUAUAUAUUCGAAUCCUUUCAAGAAAACAAAAAAAAUUGUUAGUUGAGGGAAUGGAAGAGAGAAACGUUCAUUUAUUUAUUUUCGAAUGGAGAGCCAAGGACUGUCUGUGGCUUACAGAUGUAGAUGCGGAAAGAACAAGAGAGGGUUGUGCUAUAGAUUGUGUGUGCUUUGUAACAGUGCUCUGUGCUGUAGCUACAGUCACUGCAACUCCGACCUGGCCUGGUGCCUGGUCAGCUUGAUGGUUUCUUGAAAAACUUUCUUCUUUUCGUCAGCUUUUUUCUUUUACAGUAGCUUUACAUUUUUUUGUUAUUUCCAAUUCCAGUGUUUCGUUGACUGUGGUGAGCCUGUGGUGGUGGUGUGAACACCUCCAAUCAAUUAUCACUGUUGUUCUAAGUAGAAGACGAAAUGACGCUGAACACUGA